AUGACAUCCCGCUUCGCAGGCCGUCGCCUCUUACGGCCACUCCUCUACACAGCCGGAUUCGGCACUAUAGCCACCGGCGCAUUCUACAUAGCAUACAGACCAAUAUCCGUGCCGGGGUCAGAAGGAGCCGCUGUGGCCCUCCGAUUCACAGAAGAUGGCACAGUCAUCCCACCCGAGUUCCCUCACCUACGCAGUCGAGCUACCAUGCUGUCAGAGCUCCGGAGAAGCGGUGGGAACGUGAACGAAGACGGAUCGACAGCUGUAGCCACAGAAGCCGCCGUAGAGGGCGUGAAAGAGACUGCGAAGAAAGGAUGGAGUGGCAUCAAGCAGCUCGGCAGACAAACUUCUGUGGACCCGCGACCUGAUAUUCCAGGCGCUGGGCCUGGAACGGUGAUCACGAAAAACGAAGCAGCAGAAGCAUCAGACGAUGGAGAGUAUGAUCUACUCGUCAUUGGCGGCGGAGCCACAGGCAGCGGCAUAGCUUUGGACGCCGUGACAAGAGGAUUGAAGGUGGCAUUGGUGGAACGCGACGACUUCGCUUCAGGCACUUCAUCGAAAUCUACAAAACUCGUACACGGAGGUGUGCGGUAUCUGGAAAAGGCCGUUUGGGAGCUCGACUACAACCAAUAUGCUCUUGUCAAGGAGGCGUUGCGGGAAAGGAAAUAUUUCUUGGAUACAGCACCGCAUCUAUCGAGCUGGCUGCCGAUCAUGAUCCCCAUGCAGAAGUGGUGGCAAGCGCCGUACUUCUGGGCUGGCGCAAAGGCGUAUGAUAUGUUAGCUGGGAGCGAAGGCAUCGAGAAGAGCUACUUCUUGACCAAAUCGAGAGCUGUGGAAGCGUUCCCGAUGUUGAAGAGCGAUGAUCUGGUAGGAGCGAUGGUCUACUAUGACGGCGCGCACAACGACAGCCGCAUGAACGUAAGUCUGGCUGCGACAGCAGGACUUUACGGCUGCACCGUUGCCAACCACGUCGAGGUCACAGGUCUCUGCAAGGACGAGACCACAGGCAAGCUCAAUGGAGCAUGGGUCAAGGACGUUCUCCAAGAGAAGGACGGCAAGCAGGGUGUCAAGAGCUUUCGCAUCAAAGCCAAGGGAGUGAUCAACGCGACUGGGCCCUUCAGCGACUCAAUCCGCAAGAUGGACGAUUCAUCAGUACAAGAAAUUGUUGCACCGAGCAGUGGUGUACACGUUGUCCUACCAGGCUACUACAGCCCCCAGCAGAACAGCAUGGGCCUGAUCGAUCCCUCAACAUCAGACGGACGUGUGAUCUUCUUCCUCCCCUGGCAAGGCAACACCAUUGCCGGAACAACAGACGCACCUUGCGAGAUCAACCCGAAUCCGAUUGCAGGCGAGGAUGAGAUCAGCUGGAUUCUCAACGAGAUCAAAGCUUACUUGUCCCCUGACAUCAACGUCCGCCGUGGUGAUGUCCUCGCAGCAUGGUCCGGGAUCCGGCCCUUGGUCAAAGACCCCAAAGCCAAGAACACCGAAUCGCUGGUCCGCAACCAUCUCGUCACCAUCAGUGACUCUGGACUUCUGACUUGCGCGGGCGGCAAGUGGACCACAUAUCGUCAGAUGGCAGAAGACGCCGUCGAUGAGUCCAUCAAGGUCUUCGGGCUGAAGACUUCCGCCAUCACAGACGCCAUUCGUGUCAGCGGCACCGAGAUGAUCGACGAUGCCGCGCCUUUGGAUGGCACAUGCCAAACACAUCAAGUCCGCCUCGUGGGCGCACACGGCUUCAGCAGCACACUGUUCAUCAACCUGAUCCAGCACUACGGCCUCGAGACAGAAGUCGCCAAGCAUCUCGCUGAGAACUACGGUGACCGUGCAUGGACGGUCGCGGCCCUCGCGUCGCCGACCGAAGAGCGCUUUCCUGUUCGCGGCAAACGACUAUCCCCGUUAUAUCCAUUCAUAGAUGGCGAAGUGCGUUAUGCCGUGCGGCAUGAGUUCGCGCAGCGCGCGGUCGAUGUCAUUGCGAGACGGACGCGGUUGAGCUUCCUGAAUGCGCAAGCCGCACUGGAGGCGCUACCAAAGGUGAUCGAUAUCAUGGGCGAAGAGCUGGGCUGGGGAAAGCACAGGAAGGGCGUCGAGUGGACCGAGAGUGUGAAGUUCCUGGCGAGCAUGGGCUUGCCAAAGAGUAAGUUAGGUCUCAGCAGGGAAGAUGUAGAGAGUGGGAAGGCUGGGUUUGCGACCGAGUACGAGAGGAAGCUGUACAGUCGGCAUGAUGGUCCAGCAGAUACAUUGGAGAGCGACUCGAAGCUCAAGCCCGGGCAAAAUCCCGUUCUCACGAAAGAGGGCGAGGACAAGGUCGUAUAA